GCCUCACCUUCAAUUACAUGGAUGAACAACGUUUUUUAGUCGCGAAGUUUUGAAUUGAUUGACUUUUACUUGGGUGGAUCAACCAAAUUCGAAAACCAACCAAAUUGACAGCGCAAUAUCUGAUUUUUUCUGUGAGUGUAAAGACAAAGCCGGCCUGCUUUUUCGUUUGCCGUUAGUGAAAUUUUAUUUAAAAUUUACAACGCUGAGCUUCAUUUGUCGGAAGUGAAAUCUCAAUCCUUGACACACUCGUAUGGCACAUGUAAUCGAAGUCCAGCUUGGAGUGCGAGAUCAUUCGGUCAAGGCAAGAGCUUAGCAAACAGAAAACAGACCCGCCGUUCACUAUCUGUUUCGAUGAUAACACAUCGCGCCGGUCCCAAAGAGAGUGUUUGCCAGUUGAUCUCUGCCUGUUGGCCAACAACAACAUCUGGAUCGGGGAAUGUCUUUGGCCUGGAUUAUGCUGCUUGGCCUGCUGAACCUGGAGAAAAACGCCUUUGGGGUCCUUGCAACGGCAUCCCCGCACUAUCGUGUCCGCAGUGCUUUUCAUCCGACUAUUAAAGUGGGGCAUCGAAGAACACGCCGGACUGUGCGCGAAACCAGAUCAGAUGGAGCUGUCCCAAGCCUCAAGAACGUCCAACAUGACGGAGCAUUGAACACCUCUAUUUCAACAUCGGACCGGGUGCAGUACAAUGUAUGGCAGGUGCUGAAAGCAGAUGGGAGAGCCAACCUCUGUGUGCUGUUCUUCACCAUUUACAUAAGCUAUCUGGUGUAUGUGGUUUUCUAAGUACUUAUUUUAUCUAAUUCUUAAGCUCCAGCCGCUAAAUAAACGGACACAGUGCGAAAAUAAAUUAAUGGGUCUCCGUAUUGAUGCACAGUUUGUUAUACAUUUAUUUGACUCGAAAUAUUGUACCGAACUUUAUUUUCAAAUUGGAAUUAAAAU